UGGGAUCCAACGUUGCGUGGCGAUACCAAAACCAAACGGCCCAAUUUCAUACUCAACUCUGAUUGCCAUAUUUGGUGUUUACAAUCUCGAAACAUUACACACGAGAUUCAAGAACACAUACGAAGAGAAAGAAUCACUGACAGGUUUCUGUUGUUUCAUCAUAAAGGAAAGUAUCUUGAUUGGAGAAAACGACAGUGGGUCUGUAUUCAAUUGCAAUGAUGGUGAAAUUUAUGAAACAACUUUCACAUUCAUCAUAAAUUUCAAUGCAAUCAAAUGGAUGAUUUCAAACCCAUUAAGAACAUCGAUCAUCUCCAGUAUUGUUUGUCGACUAGUUGCUUUGGGUUGAAAUCGACGCCGACAGUUUUAAUCCAUCGUCUCAAACGACCAUGAUCAGUUCUUCCCUUAAACCCCACUUUGGAUCUCAGUUGCAGGUCCAUUACCACUCCACGAACAUCAUUAUUUCUCUCUACUUUUGUCUCGGAUCAUGGAUCCUUCAACCUCUCGUCCUGCUGUAGUCAUCGACAAUGGCACCGGGUAUACGAAAAUGGGAUUUGCUGGUAAUGUGGAGCCUUUCUUUAACGUUCCAACAGUAGUUGCUCUUAACGACUCAUUUGUAACCCAACCUUCCCGAAGCUCAAUCAAAGGAAGCAGCAGCUGGCUGACUCAACACAGUGCAGGAGUGAUGGCUGAUCUUGAUUUUCACAUAGGAGAAGAAGCCAUGUCAAAGUCAAGAUCUAGUGGCAUCUACAAUCUAACUCACCCAAUCAAACAUGGACAGGUGGAAAAUUGGGAUGCAAUGGAGCGAUUUUGGCAGCAAUGUAUAUACAAUUACUUGCGUUGUGAUCCAGAGGAUCAUUACUUUUUGUUGACUGAAAGCCCAUUGACUGCACCUGAGACUCGAGAAUACACUGGUGAGAUUAUGUUUGAGACAUUCAAUGUUCCAGGGCUUUAUAUAGCAGUGCAGCCUGUUCUUGCUCUUGCUGCAGGAUACACCACAAAGAAGUGUGAGAUGACAGGUGUUGUGGUGGAUGUUGGAGAUGGUGCUACACAUGUUGUUCCUGUUGCAGAAGGUUAUGUUAUUGGGAGCAGUAUUAAGUCGAUACCAAUUUCAGGAAAAGAUGUUACUUACUUCAUCCAACAACUCAUGAGGGAAAGAGGAGAGCACAUUCCACCUGAAGAUUCACUUGAAGUAGCACGGAAAGUUAAAGAAACAUUUUGCUACACGUGUUCUGACAUUGUCAAGGAGUUUAAUAAGCAUGACAAAGAGCCAGCCAAAUACAUUAAACAAUGGAAAGGCAUUAAACCAAAGACUGGGGCACCAUACUCAUGUGAUGUUGGCUAUGAAAGAUUCCUUGGUCCCGAGGUCUUCUUCAAUCCAGAGAUAUACAAUAGAGGCUUUACAACUCCUUUACCUGUUGUAAUAGACAAGUGUAUUCAGUCUGCACCAAUUGACACAAGACGUGCCCUCUAUAAGAAUAUUGUAUUGUCUGGAGGAUCAACCAUGUUUAAAGAUUUCCACAGAAGGUUACAAAGGGAGGUAAAGAAGAUUGUGGGUGCACGUGUUCAUGCAUCAGAAGCAAAAUUUAGUAAUGAAGUGAAAGCACAACCGGUUGAAGUUAAUGUAGUGAGCCAUCCUAUCCAGAAACAUGCAGUAUGGUUUGGAGGCUCUGUACUUGCAUCAACACAGGAAUUUUUCACGGCUUGUCAUACAAAAGCAGAAUAUGAAGAAUAUGGGGCGAGCAUAUGCAGAACAAAUCCUGUUUUCAAGGGAAUGUAUUGAUUGAUACAAGAAGAAUCUGUGGUAUGAUAUAGUGGUUGUGUACAUUUCUAGAUGCUUGAAUUCAUGUAUGAAAAAAGUGAAUUUUGAAUUUUCUUUGUAUUUUUUUUUGGGGGGUUUAGGAAGCAAUAGUUUUUCUGAUAGGGAUCCUAGUGAAAUAUUUGUAUUGGAUUGCAGGCUUAUAAGGUGAGAUUUUGAAAACUUUGAUACAAAUUGUCAUCAAAUGUUAUUGAGCAAACACAGUC